CUCCUCCUCCUUCUCCUCCUCCUCCUCCUCCUCCUCCUCCUCCUUCUUCUCCUCCUCUUCCUCACCAUCACCACCACCAUCAUCUUCCUCCUCCUCCUCCUCCUGCUCCUGCUCCUGCCGCUGCUGCUUCUCCCCCCGUUCCCUUGGAGCGGACCAUCCUGGUGCCUCUUUUGUGAAGCGGCGGCUGAGGAGACCCCCGGACUCGCCAUGGCCGACGAAAAGCCGAAGGAAGGAGUCAAGACUGAAAACAACGACCACAUUAAUUUGAAGGUGGCAGGGCAAGAUGGUUCGGUGGUGCAAUUUAAGAUUAAGAGGCACACACCACUUAGUAAACUAAUGAAAGCCUAUUGUGAACGACAGGGUUUGUCAAUGAGGCAGAUCAGAUUCCGAUUUGAUGGGCAACCAAUCAAUGAAACAGACACACCUGCACAGUUGGAAAUGGAGGAUGAAGAUACAAUUGAUGUAUUCCAGCAGCAGACAGGUGGUGUUUACUAAAAAGAGAACCUGCAACUCUACUCCAGAACUGUGCUCCCAAGGAAAACAAUACAUUCACAAUUAGAAAACCAAGAUUUGGUUCAUCCACAUCCUGACUACUGCAGUAUAGUUUUCUCUCUUCUUUGAUUCCCUUCCCCCAUUCCUUUAUUGUACAUAAAGUAACUGGUGUAUGUGCACAGGCAUAAUGCGUAUUUUUUUUUAACUAAAUGGCCGAUGGUAUGUUUUGAUCAACAUCAAAUGGAGAUGGGGAGGGGAAAAAACAAACUGGUUCUGUGAAAAUAUCCCUUUUCUCCAUUAGUGGCAUGCUCAUUCAACUUUUAUCUUUAUAUUCCAGUAAGUUAUUUUGCUCUCACUGUUUAACAACAAAAAAAAAAACCCACAAAAAAAUCCUUGCAUACCUUGUUUGAUUGGAUAAUUUCAAUGUUUUUCUUUUAUCAUUGUAAAACCAAGGACGAUUUUAUAACUUUUUUGUACGUAGCUGUUACAUGUAGGGCAAUCUCUGUCUCUCAGUAGGGAUAAAUUACUAUAAAGAAAUUGAUCCUAGAUAGUUUUCCCUUCAAGUCAAACAUCUUGUUGUUUAAAUAAACUUCUUGUUUAAAAU